AUGAAUGGUAAAAAUUUACCUCAAGAAAAGGAAAAGAUGAAACAAUUCGUCAAACACUCUAAUUGGAAAGUCACACCCGAAUACUUCCAUACUACUAAUAAGAGCAGUAAGAAAGUGCUGACGCUGUCAGCGAUGAUGAGCAGGCCGCCGACCGGAGGGCGGUUCAGGGAGACAGUGGACCAAAACGACACGGCGGCUCUGCUUUAUUCUUCUGGAACGACAGGGGCCAGCAAAGGCGUGAUGUCGUCUCACCGCAAUCUGAUCGCGACUGUCCGGACGGUCCUGGGGAGAAUCGACGCGCAAGUACAAGAUGAGUUGCAGACGUUUUUAUGUACGGUUCCGAUGUUCCACAUCUACGGCCUGAUCACGUUCGCCACCGGGAUCCUUGCGUCAUGGUCCACCAUCGUGAUCCUCUCCAGGUUCGAUAUGCACGACAUGCUCUCGGCGAUUGGGAGGUACAGAGUUACUUACCUACCCCUGGUGCCGCAGAUUCUGGUGGCGCUGGUGAACGGCGCGGAUGAGAUAAAGUCCAAGUACGAUCUAAGCUCGCUGCACUCGGCCAUUUCCGGUGGGGCCCCUCUCAGCAAGGAAGUGAUUGAUGGGUUCUUGAAGAAGUUUCCUAAGGUCAGCAUUCUUCAGGGGUAUGGGCUGACAGAGUCAACGGGGAUCGGAGCUUCAACGGACACGGUGGAGGAGAGCCUGAAGUACGGCACGGCGGGGAAGCUGGCGCCGAGCAUGGAGGCGAAGAUUGUGGACCCCGAUAGCGGGAAGGCUUUAGCGCCAAAUGAGACCGGUGAGCUUUGGCUCAGGGGUCACAUCAUGAAAGGGAAUUUCUACAACGAUGAUGCCACUGCGUCAACGCUUGAUUCGGAAGGAUGGUUAAGGGCCGGAGAUCUUUGUUACAUUGAUGAUGAUGGAUUCAUCUUUGUAGUUGAUAGGUUGAAGGAGCUGAUUAAUUACAAGGCAUUUCAGGCCCCAGCGGAAUUGGAGGCUUUGCUCAUCACUCAUCCCCAAAUUGCUGAUGCUGCUGUUAUACCAUUUCCUGAUGAAAAGGUCGGGCAGUUUCCGAUGGCAUACGUGGUAAGAAAAGCCGGAAGCAAUUUAUCAGAGACGGCUGUCAUGGACUUCAUAGCUAAACAGGUGGCUCCGUACAAGAGAAUUAGGAAGGUGGCGUUUAUAGGUUCUGUACCGAAAAAUCCAUCUGGCAAGAUUCUACGAAAGGAUCUCAUUCAGCUUGCAACUUCUUCUCCUUCCAAACUAUAAAGAAGUCGACGAAACACCAUCUGGGAUCGAUAGCUAAGCUUGCUAGAGUCAUUUUUUUUACAGGCAAUUCAGUUUUAUAUAAGGGCAUUCCACUAGUUUAGGUCAUCAUUUUGAAACACAACCAAGUAACCCACCUGCAGGGCUGCAGGCAUUGCAUGCGCUCUUCUUAUACUCUAUAUCAUUUUACUGUAUAUGAUAGCUAUGGCCUAUGUUAUAUAUGUUUGUCUGGUGG